AUAUCUGAUACUUGCUCUGCGGCCACGGAUUUUAGCCCUUUGCCGUGUUUGUGUUUCCGUAUGCUGAAUGCACCGCCGGACGAAAUUCUGACGUUUAUUUUUGGUGUAAUAAUAGCCAACAUAAACAGGCUUCGCACGCUGAUGAAGCCACCGCGAAGUUACGCGAGGGGAGGCAAACCCGGGGGCACGCCGGUAUGCGGGGGCUUCUCUCGAAACCCCUCACCCCGGUGCGGUGCGGGCAGCUCGGGCAGCUUCGGCCGUGACCAGAGCGAACCCUCUCCCUCACGUGAAGAGUCUGGCAGCGGCGGCAGCCCCGCUGCGGUGGGGGCUCCCCGAAACCAGCGGCAGUGCUCCCGGGGGCUCUUCCCCAGCGGCAGCCCCCCGUGUGGCAGCGGCUACCCCGGCGAGCCGCGUCCUCCUGGGCGCCCGGCCGGGAAUUUUACAGCCGGUUCCCACCCCGCACCGCUGCUGCGAACAUCUGGCCAGAAGACUCGCCGCUCGCCGUGCACAAAGCGCCGCUUUUUUUCUCCGCUCCCCCCUUAA